CGAUAGCACGCACGCGUCGCCAAUGUUAAGCGUAUAAAUAAACAAGACACUUUAAAAUGUUCGAGCGCAAUAUUAGUUAAUUUUUUAUCGAGUACAGAUUUCGAACGACGAACACGAUAGUUUUUUUGUGGUGCAGUGAUUGUUUUCAUAAUCAUGAAUGAAUCAACAGUGUUUAUUAAUGAUGUCGUUGAUGUCAACGACACUGACGCCCGUAAUGAUACUUGGCAGUGGUAUAAGGAUGUGGUGCGAACGUGGCUGGAAGACCCUGGAAUGGAGGAGCAUAACGGGUUGAAUCUGACAGCUCUGAAGAUGGACCAGGCUUAUAUGACUGGAUUAUCCGACAGGCACGUUGGCGUCUACAGUGUCUCCGAUGACUGUUUUCGAUGCCCCUACGAGUUGCAAAAGGUGCUGCUGCCUGACUUGGAAGAAUCGUGGAUAGUGAACACAGCCAGACGAACCUCGUGGCGAGUGUACACAACACAGGACGACCUGUACGUCAGUGCUAGGAAUACCACAGGUUUGCUAUGCCAGAUGCGGCCUGAAAUGGGACAGUUCGGCGUAUACCGACUCAAUGUCUCCGGUGAAGAAUGCCACGUACACACAUCCAAGGAACCUGUCAACAUUUAUUUGCGUAAGUUAUCUAUUCUAUUUCCCAAAUGAGGUCUGAAGGAUGAAAAGGAAACAAUAUUUCAAAUUCGUACAUCAAAAGUGCUGUUAUGACAUGAAAGUCAUAGGCCUUUUCAGGAGUGUACUACGUCAGUGGGAGAGAGGCGUGAUGGCAUGUAUAUAA